AUGUCAAGAGUAAGAGCAUUAGCAGCAUAUAAACAAUCAUUCAGAGCAACUAAAAUAGCAUUUGGUGAUGAUACAAGAAUGUUAUUAGCAGCAAGAGCUCAAAUUAAACAAGGAAUGAGAAAUCCAGAUCCAAAGAAAACUGCAGAUGAAAAUAUUAAGCAUUUAGAAGAUGUUUCAAAAUUUUUGGUGUCAAAUAUUGUUCAAGCUAAAAAAAAUGAAGCUGGUAAAUUUAGAAUGAACAUUCAUGAACAAACAGAAUUAGGCGAUAAUGAAAGUAUCAAGACUGCUAAAAAGACACUUGCUGCUCAAAAUGGUGGCUGUUGUGGUGGUGGUGCCGGUUUAGUCCAAUAG